AUGUCUAAUCAAGCAUUGACUUGUUCUGGGGUUUCAUUUACUAAUGCUGCGCAGGAUGACCCUCUAGUGUAUGAGAUUAAUCAUUCUAAGGAAAUUAUUCCGUGUAUUUCUCAGCUAUAUCGGAAUGAAGCAUUCAGUGAUGUUACUUUGGUUGUUCAAAAUACUCAUUUCCCCGCCCACAGAGCUAUAUUGGCAGCUCGCUCUGAAUACUUUAGAGCAUUGUUUUAUGGAGGAUUGGCUGAGUCGUCUUCAUCUAUUGUUCAUCUAAAUGAUAUUAAUGUGACAGCUUUCAAAAGCAUCCUACACUACAUUUAUACCGGUCAGAUGAAAUUAAAAAAACCUAAGCUUACUCUUAGCAUCUUAUGUCUUGCUCAUCAAUAUAAUUUUCGUAGUUUGGAAAAUGUCAUAUCAACUUAUUUGACACAUUCUCUUUCGGUGAAAAACGUUUGGUGUAUUUAUGAUUUAGCUGUCAUGUAUAAUUUGGAUGGUCUUAUAACAGCUUGUCUACGAUUCUUAGAUUGUCUUGCACCUGCUACUUUACAUAAUCCACGAUUUCUUAGACUUUCACAGUCAUCUGUUGAACGUCUUCUAUCUCGUGAUAGUUUCUGUGCUUCGGAAAUUGAAAUAUUUCGUGCUAUAUGCGCAUGGUUACGAAAUUCUAAAGAGCUGAAUUGUCAACGAACAUUACCAACGUCACAUUCACCAAAUAUUCCUGAAUCAAACGAUGAUAAUAAUAAUCAUCAUCAUCAUCAUAGCGUAACUGAACAAACUAGAUUAUCAAUUGAAAAUGUUGAGAGUGCGAAAGAAUCAUCAUCAAAGGAUAAUGUCAGUACUACUACUACUACUGCUACCACUACUACUACUACUGAUACGACUAAUAUUUCGACAGAUUCUCGUUGUACUCAACUGAUGCGUCAAUGUGUUCGUUUUGAAUUAAUGUCUCUUACGGAAUUAUUAACUGAAGUACGUUCAUCGAAAUUAGUUAGUUCAGAAGAAUUAUUAGAUGCAAUUAAUCGACAAACUAAUUGUCCUGAUAAAAUGUUACAUCGUGGCUUUUUAUUACCAGGUGUUAAUUUAGCCUCUCCUCGUUUCGGUUGUACAUUGAUUGCUGGUGAAAAAGGAACAUAUCCACAUUUUUUUGUUGAUACGGAUGAAUUGAAUACAACAACAAAUACAACAACAACAAAUAAGCUAAAUAUUGAAUCGUUAAACAUCAAUGAUGAGCCUGAUUAUUCCAAUGUAGAUUAUUAUUCAGUGAAAAAUUUAAUUGCUACUACUGUUGCUGCUGUUACUGACGAUGACAGUGACAGUAUUGAUGACGUGGAUGAUGAUGAGGAGGAGGAAGAUAUAGACGAAGAAUUAGACGAAAUUCACCGUAGAUCUCAGCAGCAGCAACAACAACCACAACAAAAUACUACUGAUCAACAGAUACAAGCACCAUCAACUAUGGAGAUGAUGUUUGAUAAUUCAGGUCAAUUAUUCAGUCAACGUGAAAAUCCCGUACAAUUACCUCGAAGUUCUCUAUCUGAAGGUGUAGCUUGGAGCCUAGAACAUACACUUAAUAUUAAUAAUAAUAAUAAUAAUGAUAAUAAUAAUAAUAAUAAUAUUAAUAAUAAUUCUUGGAGUUCAUUACAUAAUCCAACCACAAGUAAUCAAUCAUGGUCAUCCAAUGCUCAAAAUCGAAUUCAACCUAAUCAUCAUCAUCAUGUUAGCAUUAGUUCAGUGGAUGCAACCAACAUGUUAAAUACCACUGCCAAUGAUCAGCAUAAACCAGCUCGUUGGAUUCAACCAUCAUCUACAAGACAACAUGGUGGUAGUACUAGUAGUAGUCAGCAUAGAUCAACACUACCACCAGCUCCACCACAUUCAGAAUAUGAUGUUGUACGUCAUUCAUUGACGGAGCCAAAUGCUAACAUUAUCAUUCGUUUAGGUAAACCAAGUAUUGUGAAUACAAUACGUAUGCAAUUGUGGGAUCAAGAUUUACGUUCUUAUUCCUAUUUCAUUGAUGUAUCAUUGGAUCAAUCGAUUUGGCAUCGUAUUGUCGAUUAUCAAAAUUAUAUGUGUCGUUCAUGGCAAACAAUCUAUUUCCCAUCACGUGUUAUACAUUAUAUUCGUAUUACAGGGACAAAAAAUACAUUUAAUCGAACAUUUCACUUAAUCACAUUCAGAUGUUUUUAUAGUGAGAAAAUAUUUCUACAAAUAAGUGGAUUUAUGAUUCCAACAUAUAAUGUUGCAAAUGUUGAUCAUGGUGCUACUGUGCUAGAAGGUGUCAGUCGAAAUCGGAAUGCCCUAAUCGAUGGUAAUAUUCGAAUGUACGAUUGGAAUUCCGGUUAUACAUGUCAUCAAUUAGGCAAUGGUGCUAUAGUGGUUCAAUUAGCUCAACCAUUUCUAUUACGUUCAAUGAGAUUUUUACUAUGGGAUUUAGAUUCACGUACAUAUUCUUAUUCUGUGUAUGUAUCCAAUGAUCGUGUUGAUUGGAAACUGAUACGUGAUGCUUCUAUGGAACCAUGUCGUUCUUGGCAGAUAAUUAGAUUCCCAUUGCAACCAGUUACAUUUAUUCGAGUUGUCGGGUCAUACAAUUCAGCUAAUGAUGUAUUUCAUUUAGUCCAUUUAGAAUGUCCUUAUCCUUUAGCUCAAACAGAAGAAGAUAUUAAUGAAUCAAAUUUUGUAAACAUAUCAAAUUCACCUAUAAAUACAACAGGACAUACUACUUCUACUUCUACUACUACUACUAAUAAUAAUAAUAAUAAUAGUAAUGAUAAUCAAGAAAUUGAGAUAUUUUUACCUGUAACACCAGUAAUAGUCACUUCACAUAAUCAUAUUCAUAUCAAUGACGCUCACCUUACAAACACUUCUCAUGAUGAUUCAUCAUCAAUGAUCAAUACUAUUGGUACAUCGAGUCAUUUAUUGGCUAAUUCUUCUGAUACUACUCAUAAUCAAUUAAGUAGUGAAAUGAUAUCAAAUAACAAUAAUAUCAAUCCAUCUCAUUCAACCAAUAUGACCACCAUUGGUCAAACAAACAGUUUAUGA